CCUUCAGUACGCGUAACGUGGGCGCUCAGUAGAGUACACUCAUCGCAUUGGCAUGGGCUUCCUUUCUGAAAUAUGAUAGAUCAAUGCUCUGACAGCCCUAGUGAGGCUUCCAUUAGACUGAGGCGUGCUAUUUACCGCCAUCACCACCUUGAGGCGGCUUGCGAUCCUCGACGCGACCGCCCCAAUUAGCAGUCCUCGACACCAACGACAAACAGCUUUGAUGAGAUGCAGAGAACCGCAUCAUGGAGCGGGACACCCUCCAUCAAGGGCUCGACAGAGUCCAUGCGCAUGAUCCUGCUCACAUUUUGCCUCAUUGGACUGCAAUUUACAUGGGGCACUGAGAUGACAUGUAAGCCAGUCCUGUCCCCAGCUUCUCGAGAUCUGCUACCGUCUUCUACCCGCACCGAUGCUGACUGAGGUUGAUGAGAAGAUGGCACACCGUACCUCCUCCAACUCGGCCUAACAAAGUCGAGAACUUCCCUCGUAUGGAUCGCCGGUCCCCUCUCGGGAUUGCUCAUGCAGCCCGUCGUCGGCGCCUACGCGGACAAGUCGACAUCCAAGUAUGGACGCCGGAGGCCCUACAUGCUGGUCGGGGCGCUCAUCACGGGACUAGGAUUACUCCUGUUGGGAUGGACGAGCGAAGUUGUGGGACUGUUCGUCCCAGAGGGCCCGACGAAGAAAGAUUUCACCAUCGUGCUGGCGGUGUUGUGUAUAUACGCGCUGGAUUUCAGCGUGAAUGCGGUGCAGGCGUGUUGUCGCAGUCUCAUCGUGGAUACGCUGUCCGUGAGUCAGCAGCAGGCUGGGAGCGCGUGGGCGAGCCGGCUGACGGCCGCGGGACACUUGAUGGGCUAUUUCAUCGGUACGUUUGAUCUGGUGAAGAUCUUGCCGACGUGGAUGGGAGGGGAUAGCCAGUUUAAGAAGAUGGUUGUCAUUUCAGCGAUGGCGCUUUGGGUGUGUACGGGCGUGACGUGCUGGGCGGUUACAGAGCGGGUGAGGAUAGCCAGGGAGGACGGCGAAGAUGGCAUGAACGUCAGGGCGGUGUUGGGGAAUCUGUGGCAUAGGACGAUGAACCUGCCCAAAAGAAUACAAAUGAUUUGUUGGGUGCAGUUUUGGAAUUGGGUCGGUUGGUUUCCGUUCCUAUUCUACUCAAGCACAUUCGUUGGCGAAAUAUACUAUCGCUACGAGCACCCUCCCGCGGAGCCCGGAUCGAAAGACGAGCACGAUGCACUGGGCAACAUUGGACGAUUGGGAAGUAUGGCGCUCGUCAUCUUCAGCCUCAUCACGUUCGGUUCAAGCGUGCUUUUGCCGUAUAUUGUGAGCUCCCCAGAAGCAGGCGAUGAGAAAUUCACACCACGCCCACCGGCGUCGCUAGGGAAGACCGUCCAGACGGUCCUGGUACGGGCGCAAAGGAUGCAGCCUGACCUGACGAGCGCAUGGAUGUACUCAAACUUGUUGUUCGCGGGGAUUACGAUCUGCGCACCAGGGGUACGCAGUUUGAGCGCGGCCACAGCACUGGUGGCGAGUUGUGGUGUUCCUUGGGCGGUGUCGUGCUGGGCACCAUUUGGACUGUUGGGCAUUGAGAUCAACAGAACGGGCUCCUCUGGGCAUGCAAAUGUGCAUGGGAGCAGUGUACCCGGGUAUACGGCUGUUCGGGGCAGUGUGGAUGAGGACGAGGACAACGACAUUGAGAUGGAAGAGGCCCGGGACCGGAGGGCGGUGAGCGAUGGUGUGCUACGGCUAAAUCAUCCUGAUGAUCAGGGCGCGCAUGCGUCAACUGGCGAACUUGCGGGCAUUUAUCUGGGUGUGUUGAAUGUUUAUACGACACUGCCGCAAUUCGUGGGCACGUUCAUCAGCUGGAUUGUCUUCUCGGUGUUGGAGCCAGGACGGAAUGAUCAUGUUGCGGACGAGGAUUCGGACCAUCAUCGCUGGUUGAAUCUGAAGAAGAAUGCGCCAAAUGCGAUCGCGGUGUGUAUGUUUAUUGGGGCCUGUUGUUCGGUCGUCGCGGCGGAGGCCGCGAGGCGGUUGAGAAGGUUGGAAUAGAUAAGAUGCUCUAUAUGGAAUGUAUAUAUACUAAUAUUUGGCAUGUGGGCUGUAUGAUCAGAUGGCUAGAAGAUCGGAUUCCAGAUGAGCAGAGGUUGAGC